UGGUCCUCCAGAAUCCCACAAUGCACCGCGGCCGUGUCCUGUGUCCACGUCAAACCUGACAGCAGCAGCCGAUCGGAUAAAUAUGGCUGCAGUUGAGGUGGCACUUUCUGCCCCUUGCAUUGUUGUCAGACCUUCUAAAACCUUCUGAAAACACCGCUAACACCCAGCGUAGACGACGGUACUAAACGUACAUCUGUAAAGUAACAUAUUAGCUGUUUAAAUGUCACAUAACGUCGCUUAGAUUAGCUUAGCUUAGCUUAGCAAAUUCCUCCAGAUCAGCUGUUGCUAAAGGAGCUUCUGUCAGCCUGAAAAGCGACUUCGUUUUAAGAUUAAAGUGGAUUUUGAAGUUAAUAACAACCUGAGGUGGAGUUAUCAUUUCAGCUUAAUGACUAUAUUGGCUGCAUCACCUCUGGAGUUUGAGCUAGCUAGCCCCCUCCCCUGCUAGUCCUCCCUCGGCCCGGCUUUGUUUUGGUUUGUUUUGUAUCCGUCAACAUGUCAUCGUGGGCUGGGGGGAAUCGGCUCCGGCCUCGGGCAGUCCCUGGGAAUGUCGGAGGAAGCCUGUCCCUCCUUCACCGGGCAGAUAUCCAACUUCACUAAAGACAUGCUACUGGAGGGGGUGGAAGAAGUAGGAGAUGCUUCCACAGAACUGCAGAUGUCCAAUUCCAAGUUGGCCGACAGCGAGGCUGCGUUCACCUCUCAGAAAUCUGAGCAUGAAAGAUUACGAAUGCUUUAUGCGGAGCUGGAGGAGAAACUGGAAGCUUCAGAGAUCCAGAUUGAAAGCCAGUCUGCGGAGUACAGAUCCCUCCUGCAGCAGAAAGAUGUGGAGAUCAGUCACCUGAAGGCUCGGCAAAGCGGUCUCCACGAAGAGUUUCAGACUCUGCAGAAGUCGUCUCAGUCCUCGUCCGUUGGUCCGGCCAUGCUUCCUGUCUCCACCACUUCCUCCUCCACCACUUCCUCCUCUGCUUCCUCCUUCCUGUCGCGGCCCUCGGGGACACACUCGGGUUUCCACGGCGACGAGAUGGACCUCAGCGACGUCCUGUGGUCUCAGCAGGAAAUCAACCGGCUGUCCAAUGAGGUCCUGCGUCUGGAGGCCGAGGUGACUCACUGGAGGAGGAUCUCUCAGGCAUCAACAGCAACAGGAACGGGUAACGGCGACCAGGGAGAGAUCCUCAAACUCCAAAGAACUAUCAAGGAUCUGCGCGAGGAGAUGAGGCGAGAGGUGGACGAACAUCAACACGAGCUGACGGCUCUGCAGGACGUUCAGCGGCAGAAGAUGUCCGACAUCACCCGCAGACACAAGGACGAUUUAGCGGAGUACGAGGAGAGGAUCGAGGAGCUGGAGGAGCAGAUUCACGGGGGUGUGAGUCCGGCCUCUUCCCCGUCUGAUGCCUCCAAGAUGUCGGACCUCCAGCAGACCGUCGUUGCUCUGCAGGAGGCGGCGGAUCAGCGGGAGGAGCAGCUGCAGGAGAAGUCUGCCGGUCUGGAGGAGGCGCAGAGGAAACAGGCGUCUCUGCAGCAGGAGAAGGACGAGGCUCAGGAGGAGAACACGGAGCUGCUGCAGAACUACACCCGCCUGCAGACCUCCGUCACCGAGCUGCAGACCAGAGUGCUGGAGCAGGAGGGCAAGAGUCUGCAGAAAGCUCAGCUGGAGCAGGAGAUCCAGGCGCUGAGAGACAAGCUCACAGCUGCAGAAAAAGAAAUUGAGGGACUGAAAAAUCUUGAUGAGGCAGAACCAAAGGAAGAAGUCGAGCAUGCAGACAUCUUAGAGCUGAACACCAUCAUCGGGACGUUGAGACAAGAAAGGGAAGUCCUGGAACAAGACAAGCUUGAUCUAGAAGAAAGACUUGGAUUGUCAGAGGAUCAGAGAGGCAGCAGUUCUGCAGCAGCUGAGUCCGGUGAACCUCAGGAGUUCGUGGAGGAUCUGAAGCUGGAGCUGCAGCGCAGAGAGAAAGCUCUGAGGAACACCGAGGAGGAGCGGGACACUCUGAUGUCUGAGCUGGAGGAACUGGACCGGCAGAACCAGGAAGCAACACAGCACAUGAUCUCUGUGAAGGAGCAGCUCUCUGCUCAGCUGAAGGAGGCCGAGGCAGAGCUGUCCUCUCUGUCUGCAGAGCUGAACACAACCAAAGACCAGAGGAGAGCGCUGGAGGAAGAGCUGGAGAACCAAAAAGAGAAAGCGAGCCAGAGCGCCUUCACCCUGAACGACCUGCAUAUGGGCAAACAGCAGCUGGAGCGCUCGGUGAAGGAGCUGAAGGACAAACUGGGAAAUGCACAUGGGCAGAGCAAGGAGGCAAGGAGAGAAAUCACAGAGCUGAAGAAGACUCUGCGGGAGCGAGAGGAACAGUUAUCUGGUGCAAAAGCAGCGCUGGAUGAGGAGAGAGAGACGGGAAGUGAAGCGCAGGGAAGUGAUGAGAAGGUAGCAGCGAAGGAGAGGGAGUUGUCCGACCUCAGGAGAGAAUUAAACGAGUUGAGGAGCUCUCAGGAGAAGGCGCUGUCGGAGGAUUAUGAGUUAAAGAUGGAGAACAGAAGGUUGAAGGAAGAGAGUGAGCAGGCUCUGGGGAAAAGUGAAGAACUGACCAAGCAGCAGAAGGAAAGCCAGGCAGCUCUGAGCAGGACGUUACGGGAGAAGGACACUCGUAUCGAGGCUCUGAAGCUGGAGAAAAGUCAGCUGGAGGGAGAGCUGGGGCAGGUGGAGAGGACGUUGGCACAGCAGGCGAAACAAUACCAGCAGACCAUCGAGGAGCUGAGCAGAGCUCGCUCCAUGGACGCCUCCGCUCUACAGAUGGAGCACGAGAGAGCCGUCAAACUGAACCAGGACAAAGACCUGGAGGUCGCUCAGCUGAGGAGAGACGCAGAGCAGCAGGCGUCCGACCACAGAGACACCAACGAGAUGCUCUCCAUCACUGUCGCCGGGCAGAAGCAGCUGACGGAUCUGCUGCAGGAGAAGGACGUCUUCAUGGACACGCUGAAACAGAACGCAUCAGAUCUGCAGAAGGAGAUGCAGAACAGUAUCUCAGUCGUGAAGAAGGAGGCGGAUGCUCUGAAACUGGCGCUGGAGGAGAAGGAUAAACAGCUGGGAGGCAUGAAGGAGGAGAACAGCCAUUUGAAAGAGGAGAUCGACCGAAUCGGGGAUCAGCAGAGCAGACCUCAACCUCUGACCGAGCCGCGGACUUUAGACAUCAUCACAGAGCUGGAGACGGAGAUCACACAGCUCAAGGUGUCCAGGAAUAUACUUGAAGAGGAGCUGCAGACUCUGAGGAGGACCACGGAGGAGCUGCAGGCCUCCGUGCUGCUGUCGCAGCAGUCCUUACAGGCUCAGCAGACGGAGCUGGAGCAGGCUCACGCUCGCCAUCAGCAGACGACACUCAACUACGACCGGCUGAUCCACGCCAGAGACCAGGAGAUAUCCCGCCUCCAGGAUCAGCUCAGCGAGAGUCGAGUGCACUCCCCCGUUGUGCAGGGAGACGUCAUCCUGCACGAGGAGAAGAGCCAGACUCUGAAUCAAGAGAACGACAACGAGAAACACGACCUGUCCAAGGUGGAAAUAGACAAGCUGGUGAGAGGCAUCAAGGAGAAGGAGACGGAGAUCAGCCAGCUGAACGAGAAGAACAUCUCGCUGACCCGACAGCUGGAUCAACUGGUGGUUUCCCGGGAGGAGGCAGGGAAACUGUCUCAGAUGAUCCUGCAGAAGGACCUGGAGAUCCAGGCGCUGCAUGCUCGUGUGUCCAUGGCGUCUGGAGGCGGCCACAGCCAGGACGUCAUGUACCUCCAGCAGCAGCUGCAGGCGUACGCUGUGGAGAGGGAGCAGGUGAUCGCCGUGCUCAACGAGAAGGCGAGGGAGAACAGCCAGCUGCGCUCCGACUAUCACCGCCUCAUGGACAUCAUCCAGGGGAAGGAGGCGGCGCUGCUGAAGCUGCAGCAGGAGAACCAGCGCCUCUCCACCAUGAGCGAUCCCUCGGGAAGCCAGGAGAUGUUCAAGGAGACCAUCCAGAACCUGUCGCGCAUCAUCCGAGAGAAAGACAUCGAAAUCGACGCGCUCACGCAGAAGUGCCAGACGCUGGUGGCGGUGCUUCAGGCGUCGGGAGGAGAGAACGGCGGGGGGUCCGGAGGCGUGAGCAGCAACCAGUUCGAGGAGCUGCUGCAGGAGCGAGACACUCUGAAGCAACAGGUGAAGAAGAUGGAGGAGUGGAAGCAGCAGGUGAUCACCACGGUGAAGAACAUGCAGCACGAGUCUGCGCAGCUGCAGGAGGAGCUGAUGAAGCUGCAGGGACAGGUCUCUGCCGACAGCGACUGCUCCUCCAAGCUGUCCGUGGAUUACGCCGGGCUGAUCCAGAGCUACGAGCACAAGGAGAGGAGGCUCGGGAGUCUGAGUCAGGAGCUGGCUCAGGUGCAGCAGAGCAUCUCGCAGCUCAGCACCACUAAAGACGUGCUGCUGGGUAAACUGGACAGCGUAGCUCUGACUCCAGAAGGCGUAGCUGAUGCUCCAAGCCAGCAGACUCCUCCGACAUUAAGUAGUGAGAAACUGCGGGAAGAAAUCACCAGAUUGCGAAGUCAGUUGGCUGAGAAGGAACACAUGAUCAGGACUCUCCAGGAGAACAACCACCGGCUGUCCAACUCGGCGUCGGACACAGAGAGCGAGCAGAGGAAUCGGCUGGAGGAGGUGCGGCUGGUCAAAGAGAGGCUGGAGGCCCUGCAGAGGUCCGUCAGGGAGAAAGACCUGCUCAUCAAAAGCAAAGGAGACCAGCUGGGCAACGUCAGUGAGGCGCUGCGAAACCGCGAGAACGAUAACGAGGUGCUGAAGCAGGCCGUGACCAACCUGAAGGAGCGCGCUCUGAUCCUGGAGCUGGACGGGAGGCAGCUGAAGGAGGAGAACGAGCUUGUGGUGUCGCGCUCUCGAGAGAAGGAGUCCGAGUUCAGAGCGCUGCAGGAAACCAACAUGCAGUUCUCACUGCUGCUCAGAGAGAAGGAGUUCGAGCUGACGGCAGUGAGCGAGAAGAGUGCAACCGUGGAGAGGAUGCUCAAAGACAAAGAGCAGGGUAAGUCAGGAGAGCUGAACCAGCUGCUGAACGAGCUGAAGUCCAUGCAGGACAAAGCUGUGGCCUUCCAGCAUGAGAGGGAUCAGGUGAUGAUGGCGCUGAAGCAGAAACAGAUGGCGACCACUGCAGUGCAAACCGAGCUUCAGCACGUGCGGGACAAAGAGCAGCGUCUGAACCUGGAGCUGGAGAGGCUGCGUAACCACCUGCUGGACAUCGAGGACUCGUACACCAGAGAAGCUCUCGCUGCGGAGGACCGAGAGAGCGAGCUGCGCAGGAGAGUCAACCUGCUGGACGAGAGGCUGGCAUCGUCCUCCAGCGCUGUGGAGAAGUCCAGCCAACAGGCCAGCAUGCAGGUGGAGUCUCUGCAGGAGCAGCUGAGUGGAGCGGUGAAGCAGAGAGACGACGCUCUGAUCCACCUCAGGACGUCCCAGGAGCAGGUCAACCAGUACGCAGUGUCGCUGUCCAACCUGCAGAUGGUGCUGGAGCAGUUUCAGCAAGAGGAGAAAGCGAUGUACUCUUCAGAGCUCGACAGGCUGAAGAAGGAGAAGGACGAGUGGAAGAGGAAAGCUGAGAGGCUGCAUGACCAAGCAUCUUCCCUGCAGAUUAACCUGGAUGAAGCCAGCGCUGCUCUGGAGUCGGCGUCUCGCCUCAGCGAUCAGCUGGACCUGAAUGAGGAACAAAUGGAAGAGCUGAAGAAACAAGUGGAAAUAAGACAGGAGAUGUUGGACGAGGUGCAGCAGAAACUGAUGAGUCUUCUGAACAGCACGGAGGGGAAGAUUGAUAAAGUCCUGAUGCGUAACCUGUUCCUGGGAUACUUCCACACACACAAGGACAAACGUGCCGACGUGCUGAGGCUCAUGGGAAGUGUGCUGGGGCUGAGCAGAGAAGACGUGGACAAGAUGUUGGAGGACGACGGUCGUCACGGUGUCACAGGAUGGGUUUCUACCUGGCUCGGAGGAAGAGGAGCUCAGAGUGUCCCGAACACUCCUCAGAGACCCACCAGUGCACAGACCCUCAACUCGUCCUUCUCAGAGAUGUUUGUAAAGUUCCUGGAGAUCGAGUCGUCGCCUUCGAUGCCCGCACCAAAACUCCUCGUCCAUGAAAUCACGCCUCUGAGCGCGCCGCCUCCGAGGAGAACCAACAGCGCAGCGUCAGGCUCCGCCGCAGGGGGUUCGUCGUUCGGGAAGCGACCCGGCGAGAUGAACCCGUUCCUGGCCCCGCGCUCCGCCGCCGUCCCCCUGCUGGCCGGCUCCAGCUCCGGGGGCCCUGGGGGUCACGGGGGUCACUUGCUCAUGAAGCCCAUCUCCGCCGCGCUGCCCACCUUCACCCCGGUGCCGGUGUCCGCAGAGAGCGGGGGAGCGGUGCUCAAAGACCUGUUAAAGCAGUGAUACACACUUUAAACCAUAACAAAUACACUACACAGACUGAGUUAGACUCACUGCUGCUCUUCUUUUACAUAUCCUCAUAAAGGCUUAAUAAUCCCUUUUUCUUUUUUAAAGAGGGGACUGAAACUAAAUGUUGUUUUUUUUAAGCAAUUACCGCUCUAUGCAAUCUGUCUCAACUUUAUUUAACUUAAAAAUAAGCAAUGAAAGGACUCCACAUGCAGAAAGGACUCGUUCGUUUGUGGGUCAUUCAUACUUCAGAAAACAACAUAUUUGAUUUUUAUAGAAACUGUCCUCUUCAUUAUGAGUUACAUUUAGAUUUGUCUCCACUUCAGUGACCUUUUAAACUCGCUGUGUGCAGCUCAAUCCAUCGAGACCAGAGGAAACGUCUCGCGUCCUGCGAGUCUUCAUCCUGAGACUUGCAUCGUGACUUUUAUUCGCUUGUCUUCUGAGUCGUUUUUAUUCCUCUUUUCAGCAGCAAACUGCAUCUGAUCCAGGACUUUCCUAAAGCUCUGGCAGCAAAAGCCUGCGUGGAGAUGUACGUGCUUCAGUGCAUCUGUUAAACCCAUGAAGACAUUUCUUGCUAAGUCUUGUCUGUCGCAGACGGCCGGACUGUGAUAUGCAAAGCGUUGUAAUUACGUCUGCGGCCUGUGGUUGAUCAGCUCAUAUGUUAUUAUAGUUAUAUGUAAAGGGGGGUGGCGUUUCUUUUCUUAUUUAUAGGCACUAUAAAGGAAGUUUUGGGAGUUUUAAGUGCCUGCAUUUUUGCUAAUUGGUUGUAUAAUCAGGAUUGUAUAUGGUUAAUAUAAAUAUAUAUAUUUACAAAAUGUAAAAAAAUGCACAUUUAAAAAAGUUUUACCUGACCAGAGCUGGCCAGCGCUGCUCUGCAUUUUUGUAAAGACAUCAAUCAGAAGGAGAGCCUCUCCAGGUGUGCUGAUGAAAUGUAAAAACUGUAAAUCCUCGCUUUAAAAGAACUUUUGUAGACGUAAAAAAAACAUGGAAAAGAAGGUGUUGGAUUACCUUGAACUUGGAUGAUCUUUAACAGGAGUUAGUACACUUGAUUUAAUCUGAGUUUCAAAUCAAAUAAAAGGAACUGCUGGGCAAAUUUA